GUGUUGUCCUGAGGGAAGUCGACAUUCCACAGGAGUCGAGCUGUCGCUGUCAGCUGAUCGUGUUGUCUUCUCCGUCACGUCAUUAAACCAACUAUAUCAAGAUGUCUUACGCUUAUUUAUUUAAGUACAUCAUUAUCGGAGAUACGGGUGUUGGGAAGUCAUGCCUCCUGCUCCAGUUCACAGACAAGCGCUUCCAGCCCGUCCAUGACCUCACCAUUGGAGUGGAGUUUGGUGCGCGCAUGAUCACCAUCGACAACAAACAAAUCAAACUGCAAAUCUGGGACACAGCUGGCCAGGAGGCGUUUAGGUCCAUCACCAGGUCAUAUUACCGAGGAGCUGCUGGUGCGCUUCUUGUUUACGACAUCACACGCCGGGAGACUUUUAACCACCUGACACAGUGGCUGGAGGAUGCUCGGCAGCACUCUAAUUCCAAUAUGGUCAUCAUGCUCAUUGGAAACAAGAGUGACCUGGAGUCGCGACGAGAGGUGAAGCGCGAGGAGGGAGAGGCAUUUGCCCGCGAGCACGGCCUUGUCUUCAUGGAAACAUCAGCCAAGACAGCCGCCAAUGUGGAGGAAGCCUUCAUCAACACAGCAAGGGAAAUCUAUGAAAAGAUCCAGGAGGGCGUGUUUGAUGUUCAUAAUGAGGCUAACGGUAUCAAAAUCGGACCCCAGCAUUCCCCCAGUGGAGCAGGGUUGACGGGUAACCAGGGCGCCGCAGGAGGCCAGGGAGGAGGAUGUUGCUAAUCCGUGAGGAGCCCCUCCCCUCCCCUCCUUCACCCCACCCCCUUGGAUGACAGUGGGCAGGGGCAAGGACCUGAUGUAGAGAAGACUUUUUAAAAAGAAAUAAAAAGGGAGAUGUGGGAGUGCCCCCCCUUCCCUCCCCUGGCCCCCCUUUGCCUUGGGCAGGGAGGGGGGAGGUCCCAGGUUCUUUCUUUUCUGACAGCUACUUCAACCUACCAGGAAAGCACGAGCCGGAGUGCUUGGCAGAGAACGGGCAUGAUGGAAGCAGAAUCAAGCUGUCACACUGAUCAGCAUCUUCCUUUCUGUGUCCACCUUUAAGCAGCAGCCAUCAAAACACUCAGCAACUCUGCACUUGAGCCCAGCCCUCUCGCUUGCUGCCUUGCCAAAAGGAGGAACUUGGAGAGAUUGUACAUUUUGUGCAGUGUACAUUUCGUGUAUAUUUUGAUUGUGAGAAGAUUCCAUGGAUGUUGCAUUUUCAGCAUACCAAGUCAUUUGUUUAUUAGCAUCUGUAAUUGGAUUGGAUUUUUUUAUUUAGCACUUUUAGGGCAUGGGCAAUAGGUGUAUGUGGAGGUAAAGGAACAGUGAGUGAGUUAGGCAACAGCAAGCACAAACUUGUGCAAGUAAAACAUGUCAGACCUGCAAGCAUUUGGCAUCAUCAGGUCAAGACAGAAGUAGUCUAAUUAUAAUCUUUAUUUUAUUUUUUUUUUCCUUCCUUAUUACCAAGAAGAUGCCCAGCUCUGUCCAGGCAUCUUGCAGCACUUAAUAUUGUAUCUGCAUUUUGAUUCACCGACACUUCAGUCGGUACCUGGGACGAUGGGAAAGAAAAAAAAACAAGAAUAAUAAUUGAUAUUUUUUAUACUUGCAUGUAGACUCCUAUAUCAUUGGUCUGGAAUAGUUCUGUAUAACUUAAUAUAUAUUGACACCUUUAUUCUCUAGGUUUUCCAUAAUGCUGAAUCAGUAUAUAUAUAUAUAUAUAUAUGUAGGAACUGAAAGGUCUUUGAAGCCGAAGACCAUCAUGUUUUUAGUACUGAUGGUUCCACUUAGAGCUUGGGGGAGUACCUCGUCUUUCGCUCAGAUCCUUAGCGUUCUGUGAUGUUGUGGGUUAGUUAUGCCAGCUUCUGAUCGUUGAUGCAAGCUGCUCUCUAGAGUAGGGGUACAAGAAAACCAUGUGUAUGUAUAUAUGUGUAUAUGUACAAGCCCCCCCUCUCCUUUCCCAUUCAACAAACCCUUUAACACCUGUCCCUUCCCACCCCUACCCCUUAAUUCCAAGAAUGUGACAAAAACAUGAUAGCAGCCCUUCUUAUAACUCAGAACUUUUGCAGAGGUAGUUAUCAAUCGUCCAUCUGGACACAGUUUUUCUGAGCUCCCACGUUAGCUUUGAGGAGCACGAGCUAGUUGUGUCAAUCCCCCGGUCUCACUGAACCAUCGUGGUGGUGCCAGAAGUCCUCGACACCCCUACCCAAAACGAGGGUGGCUAGAUUGCAUAGUCUUGAUCAUUGUUUAGCACCAAAGACACCUUCAGAAACCCAGCUGAGCAUGGAGUACUUGCAUACCUGCUCUCCCAUGGUAUCUCUUUGAUAAUCUCUCUCUUUGAUGAUAAACACAGCACCACAUUGGUUGGGUUAAAGUCAUUCUUUUUAAUCCAUCUAAAUCUGCAAAUUCUCUUACUAGUAUAGACUAUAUACUUUGGAUAGAUAAAAGAUUUUUUUUCCAGACCUAUAAUACCUACAGUGGAAGAAAUUGUAUUGUAUCAUUCCAUACUCCUUGGCUGGAGUGUAUGCACAUCAGUAAUAAAUUGUGUGUUGAAGUGCACAACUCUUUCAUAAAGGGACAAGACAAAGAAAAAGUAUAAGCAAAAUAUAAUUUAGAUAAGAGAGAGAGAGAGAGAAAAAAAAAAGUAGAAACAGAAGCAAAGAGAAACAGACAAGGAACAGGUUAUAUUUGAUACCCGCUCUUAUUGAAUAGGUAUGAUUUGUGCUCAAGAAUUUAUGUAGAGCUAAGAAUGGCAUUAUCCUGUCUUUAUAGAAAAUAUUAUUAGAAUUUUUCACUAUUUAUUCCUCCCCCUGACCCCAUUAUUUGACUGCCUAUUUUCUGAUAGAGAGAACUGAUAACUGGUUAUCAUGCAUUAUUUUUCUAGUGGCUAGGAAUGAAGGGAAGAAAUUUUGAGGUGGUUGCUGUCUGUCAAUGGAACUUCUGAAUCACAAAUUAAAAGAUUGAGAUUUAUGUUGCAACUGAACAAAGUAAUGCUAUCAGUGUUUUGUGUGUGGUAAUAAGAUACCUUGUGUGCAUGAACUGGGCAGAAUUUUGUUAAUCUCAUUUUAGCAAAUUGGUCUUUUGCAUUUCUUGAACUCUGUUGUUGCAUAAUAUACAAGAAGUCUUCAUAUAAAUCUGAAUUUUGAAAGUAUAUGGUAGAACACAUUCCAGAACCUGACCCAGAAUUUUAGCUGACAGCAAAUGUUUGAGAAAGGCUGAUUAUCACUAUUGUUAUUUCUCUCCCUUGCCUUUCAAGUUUCUCCAACUUCUCAUUUUACUCCAGUAAAACGUUUCAAGGUAGCAGGCAGGAUUUUAUCAUCUGUUGCAACACAAAAUAGCAGUGUUUUCCUAGAGUUGCAAUGGGGUUCUGGUUGUUAAUUUAGAGUUUGGUUCAUGAUUGAUUUACUAGUAUUAUUAUUAUUUAUAAUUUUUUUCUUUCUUUUUUUAUCAUCUUGAAUGUAGUGCAGUGAUUUUAUUUUCCUUCUUUUUAUGCUGUUUACUAUAUUGUUUUCCAUUUAUCUCCAAAUGAUCUGUGACAAUGUGUGAAUCCUUUUUUUUUGUUGUUGUUGCUAUUCUAACAGGUAUUUCUAGUAGGAAAAGGCCUUGUUCGUAUCUUUAAUUUUAUCUUAUAGACGUUUCUUCCAUAAAAAAUAUAAUUAUAAAAUUUAAAAAACCAAAGAAUGUACUAGAAUCAAGUUUCUCUUAACAGAAAAAAUUAUAAAGGAAAGAUGACGGUACUCUAGGUCUGUAAUGGCAGUUCAUUACAGAUUUAGGGAAAACUAUAAAAGUUUGGUUUUAUACACACACACACACACACACACACA